AAUACAAUAUUAUUUUUAAAACCAUUGAAAUAGUACAUUAUCUUACCUUUUACAAUUUUAUCAAAAAAUUUUUUUUUAAACCAGAUAUUCACAUGUCAUUUUAUGUUUUAUGGGAGUCUGCAUUGAAAAGCACCCCAUAAACGUAAAUCAAUUUUAAAAAGAGCUGAUUUUUUAUCAAGAUAAAAUAAUACAAUAUUAUUUUAAAACCAUUGAAAUAGUACAUUAUCUUACCUUUUACAAUUUUAUCAAAAAAUUUUUUUUUAAACCAGAUAUUCACAUGUCAUUUUAUGUUUUAUGGAAGUCUGCAUUGAAAAGCACCCCAUAAACGUAAAUCAAUUUUAAAAAGAGCUGAUUUUUAUCAAGAUAAAAUAAUACAAUAUUAUUUUAAAACCAUUGAAAUAGUACAUUAUCUUACCUUUUACAAUUUUAUCAAAAAAUUUUUUUUAAACCAGAUAUUUACAUGUCAUUUCAUGUUUUAUGGGAGUCUGCAUUGAAAAGCACCCCAUAAACGUAAAUCAAUUUUAAAAAGAGCUGAUUUUUUAUCAAGAUAAAACAUUACAAUAGAUUUUCCAUUAUUUUUUCUUCCUAUAACUAAGUUGAAUAAAACUUCUUUGGAGAUUUUCUUUUCAAUAAGUAAUAUCUAUGAGAAAUUUCUAGGUUUGAAUGAUAUCAUUUUAAGAAUUUUCCAGAAUGUACAAUGUGAUAUUGCUAGCUCUAUAAAUUAGGAACACUGAGACUACAGUAGUUUCUAGACUCUCGUAAAUUCUGUAUUUUGCAACAUUUUAUAGGCGUAUUGUGUGUAAUUACUAUCUAUAAUAGAAGAAUUUUGUUAUAAAAAAAUUAUUAAAUAUGUGGAGGGGAUUACAAAAUAGAGGAGGGGAUUAUAAAAUAAAAGAGGGGAUUACAUAAUAAAAAGGAAGCCAGAAAACUCUACUGCAUCAGUCGCUCAGUGAACAGUUGAAAACUCUCAGAAAAAAAUAUAUACGAGGAAAAGAUGGACUACUACGUUCCGCUUCAACAGGACGAAACGUGUGAAAAAAUAAUAUUGCCACGGUAUACACCUCGCAUUUUGGGGAGGAGAUUGGCAUUGACGUCCACAGCGUAUAAAUAUCUCAACAUUGGAAUCAGCGUAGGAUCAACAUCGUUUGUGGAGAUACUUAUUGGUGACAACCGAGGCAAUCAAAUAAUUCUGGCUCAUGCAACGUGGACAGCACUGUUCCAGAAACGUAUGGAUAUUGAGCGACUCGUGCAAUCGACUUCGCCUUCUUCAGCAUUACCGAUUCAAGAUCUUAUUGUGCAACUCAUUAAACUGCGUAAUGAAAAUGUUGUUAAACUAACAUUACGCGAUACUUGCAUGUAUUUGAAACCAAAAACUGUACUUUUUCUAUUUGAGCUCGAACAAUGCGUCGAGCAUAUAUAUUAUUCUUUAUAUCAAUAUACAUAUACAGUGAGCGAAAAAUAUAAACAUUUUGUAUCCCUUUUACGCCAAAAUUAUGUUAAUAAUAAAUGUGAUGCGGCAAAACUCUUGCGAGAAAAAUAUGAUAAAACUUCGCUUUUAGAAUGUGAAAUGUUAGCUUACGCUUUAGAUAAUAUUGUACAUGAUGCAUUACAUGACAAAUAAAUAAAAAAUUGAAAUUUUGAAA